GUUGUGAUGCAAUGCAUUUUAAAUGGUGAUGCAAUCUUCCUCUCCAUUUUUCUUCUUCUACAGCGGUUUCACAAAACUAUAGCGAGAAAUGGUUUUGAUGCGCUUCAUAUUGCCGUUGAUAUAUGGUUAGGGAGAUGAUUCAGUAUUAUGAUCUUACUGAUGUUGGAAUUAAAGCGAGAAAUGGUUUUGAUGCGCUUCAUAUUGCCGCUGAACAAGGGGAGUUAAGUAUGUCUUUUAUGUAGUUUUUUUUCAAUUGAUUGUUCUUUUGUGUUGUGAGGAAAAUGAGUCAUGACUGAAUUUGAUAUUUUAAAUUACGGCUGCUGUGACUGUCACUUGAAAAAGGAAUCAUGAUCGAAGUCAAUCUUUGCGGAGAAUCACAGUCAAAAGCAUACAUCAAAAUCUUUGAUCUUUCAAUCCAAAUUGAGUCUGUAGACUUUAAAAAAAGUUAAUAUAACUUUGUUUGCUUGGUAACUGUUUAAAAGAAUGUUGUUAACAUUCGGUGUUUCUUAUGGGGCAGCAGUUAGAACAUCUGUAGUGGAUUUUGAAAGAGUCACUUUUCAAAAAGAGUCUUUGAAGUUUCUAAAUGCAGCUGCCCUAACUGGAAAUAAGAAUGCAGAAGUGAUGUUCAGUCUUGGAAGAAUCAUGUUGUUCAUGGGUUAAGACAGUGGGAUAACUGAAAUGGCGGCGAUAUAUUGCUUUUAUUAUUUGCCGGAUCUUUUGACGGAUACGUUGUUACAGCCUUUCAGGGUAUUUUUCAGGUCGCAGAAUAUUGCCGGAUCUUUCCCAUGAUUUACUUUUAUUCUGUUCAAAAUGAAUGGCUAUCACAAGUGACAAUGACAAUGCUGUUGUUGUCCAACUACAUCUGCCGCUGCUCCAUCAUAGGGGUAUUACUAAUUGGCUCUGGAAAUCUGUGGAGGAAAAAAGACAGAAGCUUGCCGAAACAAUAUGACAGCAAGAUUGUUGAUGAAUUUUCUAGAGUGACAGCAAGAUUUUUACUUUUCAGCAAGAGUUGUUUGGUCACAAGUGAGGAAGUUUUGUUGGAAUUCAUAGAGACAGUGAAAUCAUUUAAAGAAACGGGGCCCAAGGCUGAUGCUAUUUGGCUGCUGCAGCACUGGAGGGUCUUAGAUGUGUGCUAUCUGCAGAACCAAAGAUGCAUUCCAACAAGAGUUAUAAGACUAAUGAGAGCAUAAUCAGAAUGGAGUUUGAUUCAUAUGGCAUGCAAUCAAACGGGAAGCCACAUCAAGAGGACUGUGGCGUACAUCAUUACAAUGAUGUUCGAAGAAGGGACGAGUUUGAAAAGCAUUAUCUAUUCAGAAACUUGCAGCACUCAGAGACGAACCCUGAAUCGUUGGACUUCAUUGACAUGCUGUAUCAAACUUGAAUUACGACGGGUUAUAAUAAAAUUCAGUUAGUGCAGCCGCAUUGAGUGGGUGUUAGAGAAUUGAACUACUAUAUGUUCUACUACUAGCAAUAUUGUUGUUUGUGUUCUACUGCCGCGUGCUACUUAUAUAUAAUAAUGAAAUU